GAGGUGAGUAGCGAUGUCAGCAGAUCUUCGAAAAAGAAAAAAAGACACCACUGCUGACAAUGAUGCCCCACAGGAAGCUCAGGCUGAAGAAGAGAACAAGAAAGAAAAGCCGAGCUCCUGCAGGUAUAGAUUCCUUUGGAAAUUGCUGCUCGGGCUGCUGCUGAUCGCUCUGCUUUUUGGGAUUAAGAUUCAUAGAGAUAAUGAGCUGGUGAGGCAGCAGGAGGCAGCACUGAGGACAUUAGGGGCAGAGGGCCUCUUCCUUUUCUCCUCGCUGGACACAGACAAUGACAUGCACAUCAGCCCUGAAGAGUUUAAGCCAAUUUCGGAGAAGCUGACCGGGAUUUCCACCACCUCCGACUACGAAGAGGAAGAGCUGCUAGAUCCAAAUGGAGAGACCUUGUCCGUGGCUUCACGUUUCCAGCCUCUGCUCAUGGAGACCAUGACAAAGAGCAAAGACGGGUUCUUGGGUAUCACUCACAGUGCUCUCUCUGGACUUAGGAACUGGACUACACCGGUGGUGCCCAAUAAUGUGUUUUAUGCCGGACAGUUCAAGGCGUUCCUUCCACCCAAGAACAAGUUAGAGGUGGGCAAUCCUUGGUGGAUAAUCCCUAGCGAGUUAAGCAUAUUUACAGGGUACCUGCCUAAUAACAGAAUUUAUCCCCCGCCUCCCAAAGGGAAGGAGGUGAUUAUCCAUAAACUUUUGUCCAUGUUUCAUCCGCGUCCUUUUAUAAAAACACGGUUUGCCCCUCAAGGCUCCGUAGCGUGCAUCCGAGCCAUCAGCGAUUUCUACUACGACAUCGUUUUCCGGAUUCACGCCGAGUUUCAGCUCAACGAACCUCCAAAUUUUCCUUUCUGGUUCUCCCCCGGUCAGUUCACCGGCAAUAUUGUCAUCUCCAAAGACGCCGCUCACGUCCGGCACUUUAAGCUUUUCGUCCCCAAUAACCGCACCCUGAACGUGGACAUGGAGUGGCUGUACGGCGCCAGCGAGAGCAGCAAUAUGGAGGUCGACAUCGGUUACCUGCCGCAGAUGGAAAUCGAAUCUUUAGGACCGUCCAUCCCGUCCACGAUCUACGACGAGAACGGGAAUAUCAUGGAAAGCCGGAAUGCAGAAGGAGAGGCUAUAGAGUUUGUGUUUGAAGAUAUAAACUGGCAGUCGGAGAUGACCUUUGAAGAAGCAGCCAGAAAACUCGAGGUCACCAUGUACCCAUUUAAAAGGGUUUCUUAUUACCCUUUUCCAGAAGCUUUUGACCGUGCAUUGGCAGAGAAGAAACUCGUGCAUUCGGUUUUGCUCUGGGGGGCGCUGGACGACCAAUCUUGCUGAGGUUCGGGGCGAACUCUCCGGGAGACCGUCCUAGAGAGUUUGCCCGUCCUUGCUUUGCUGAACGAGAGCUUCAUUAGCACUUGGUCGUUAGUGAAGGAGCUCGAGGAGCUUCAGAGCAAUAAAGACUCCUACGCAACGUUUGCUUCACUCCAUUUGGAGAAGUACAACUUCCCGGUGGAGAUGAUGAUCUGCCUUCCCAACGGAACCGUGGUUCAUCACAUCAACGCAAAUUACUUCCUGGACAUCACCUCUCUGAAGCCGGAUGAAGUGGAGACCAACCUGUUUAGCUUCUCCGACGGCGUGGAGGAUUUGUCCACCGUCACUUACAUCAAGUUCCUAAAGGAAGGGCUAGAGAAGGCCAAACCAUUCUUGCAUUCUUAGAUGAUGGCACAUUGAGUAGAAGCCCAGUUCUUGUUUAUGAAGUGUUAAUGAGCUGUAUUUUGUAUAGGGCGUCCAUUUUCUGUAGGACCCAUCUUUUUUUGGAGACCCUAUGUGUUGGGUUAACUUACAUAUAAUGUUCAUGUGGCUGUGGCUGAAAUAUCCUUAUUAAAGGUGAACUAAAACCCCAGAGAAAUAUUUGCAAAAGACCAUAGCUUAGGUCUGCUAUACUUCUCUACAGGGGUUGGUCACCUUUGAGUUAACUUUUAGUAUGAUGUAGAGAAUAAUAUUCUUAGACAGUUUGCAAUUGGUCUUUAUUUUUUAUUUAUGGUUUCUUCAGCAACUUUUCAGUUUGGAAUUUGAGUGGUUAUCUUGUUGCUAGGGUUCACAUGACUUUAGCAACCAGGGAGUGGUUUGAAUGAGAGACUGGUAUAUGAAUAAGAGAGGGACUGAAAAAGAUAAGUAAUAAAAAAUAAUAAAAUUGUAGCUGCACAGAGCGAUAGUUUGACUGCCGGGGUCAGUGACCCCCAUUUGAAAGCUGCAAGGAGUUUGAAGAAGGCAGAUAAUUCAGAAACUAUAAAUAAUAAAAGCUAAUUGAACAAUUGCUCAGAAUUGGACAUUCUAUAAUAUACUAAAAUUAACUAAAGGGGUAGUUCACCUUUUUAUUUUUCUAUUCAGGUCCUCUCCUGUUUAAAUACCAGUCUCUCAUUCAAGCCACUUUCUGGUAGCUAAGGUAAUUUGAAACCUAGCAACCAGAUAACUGCUGAAACUCCAAACUGGAGAGUUACUGAACAAAAAGUGAAAUAACUAAAAUGCACUAUAAAAAAAAAAAAAUGAAGACCGAUUGCAAUGUUCCAUCCAACCAUAUAUUGGCCAGAAUUGGCGGGCCGCCAUACAUACAUGUAUAGUCCCCACAUAUGCUUAUAUGUACGUGUAACCUAUGCCUGGUCGUGUUAUCCACAUGCAGUAUUGCAGCUCUGUAUAUAAGAUGCCUUUUUUGUAUUUGGAUUCUAUAUUUUUAUACCGAGGCGGAGGGGAAGGAAAUACUUGCUCAGUCCCUGGGCCGGCUGUACAGCAUGAGGGUCUAAUCUUUAAGUGUAAACGGGUCAGGCCUGAACUUUCUCGACAGUCGUGCGUUUGGGAUGAGAAGAUCAGCUCACCCCCUGCUUUCUUUAUUUAGUUUUUUUUCCCCACAAUGGUAUUGAACCACACUUAGCCUUGAUGCUAGGUUACAGUAUUAGGGCAAGGGCGCACGAAGCCCAUUGGCUGCUUCUCUCUGCGGGCGGUUUUUAUAGACGCGGAUCUACCUUAUCCGCACACCCCUGUAGCUUCAUUGACCGGCCCAUGUCGGCCUGUGUGUACACAGAGCGGAUAUUGGCACAAAAAUGAAUAUAUUUGCGUUUUCUUUACUUUAGCCCCAAGCAGGCCAGCACUGGGUCUGUGACUGGCGCUAUAGAGGUGUGCAAAAAAGGGCCUCUGUAUCUUUAAAAAAACGCCUGCGGUGAAUCCGCUUAGUGUGCGCUUGUCCUUUAAUGUUCCCUUUGGGGACACUGCACCAUGUGGGUUUAUAGAACCAGUAAGUAAUGGCCUUAAUUUGUAGCCUACUCACAGAGGCCUCUUUAUAAAGGCAUCUGAAAUAUUUAUGCUUUAUAAAGCAUGAAUUGUAUCCCAAUCACAGAAAUAAUCACAUUACAAGGCGAUAAGGGGUGUAUUUAUUCAGGGAAUAAUGUACCCUCUGAUAAAAAAUAUAAGGAUAAUAGUAGCAACCCAAAAAAUUGCAUAAACAUUAAGGCAAGAGACUGAAGUACAGGUAUGGGAUCCAUUAUCCGGAAACCCAAUAUCCAGAAAGCUCCAAAUUACAGAAAGCCUGUCUCCCAUAGACUCCAUUUUAAUCAAAUAAUUCAGAUUUUUAAAAUUGAUUUCCUUUUUCUCUGUAAUAAUAAAACAGUACCUGUACUUGAUCCCAACUAAGAUAUAAUUACCCCUUAUUGGGGCAGAACAGCCCUAUUGGGUUUAUUUAAUGGUUAAAUGAUUCCCUUUUCUCUGUAAUAAUAAAACAGUACCUGUACUUGAUCCCAACUAAGAUAUAAUUACCCCUUAUUGGGGGCAGAACAGCCCUAUUGGGUUUAUUUAAUGGUUAAAUGAUUCCCUUUUCUCUGUAAUAAUAAAACAGUACCUGUACUUGAUCCCAACUAAGAUAUAAUUACCCCUUAUUGGGGCAGAACAGCCCUAUUGGGUUUAUUUAAUGGUUAAAUGAUUCCUUUUCUUUGUAAUAAUAAAACAGUACCUGUACUUGAUCCCAACUAAGAUAUAAUUACCCCUUAUUGGGAGCAGAACAGCCCUAUUGGGUUUAAUUAAAGUUUAUAAGGUAUGGAGAUCCAAAUUAUGGAAAGACCCCUUAUCUGGAAUACCCUUGGUCCCGAGCAUUCUGGAUAACGGGUCCUAUACCUGUACUAUUAUAACGGUCAUGGUGACUUCUAAUAUCCAUAUUUUUUUAUAUAAAUAUAUAUAAUACACAAGAGCCAUAAAUAGCCUGGAAAUUCUAUCCUUAUAAUAUACAGUUGGGCCAUUUCCCUAUAGGGCCAAAGUGUAAAUUAUAUCCUUAUAAAUGGUGCUUAGUGAUGUCAUUUCUGUCACAUGACUCGCUAAAACUUCUAUAUUAUAAUAGAGUACCUCCUGGGAUUAGAAGUCACCUCGGAGUUUUAUCAUUACUGUACUUUUACGGGAUACAAAUUCCAAUCCAAAGUCUUACUGGUUCUUUAAACAGCACGGUUACAAUAUUUACUGCACUGACGCGUUUUAUAGGAUGCGUUUUUUUGUUUGUAAGAUGGUUAUUUUGAUACUCUCUGCAUGUUUACUGCAUAAUAUUCACAUUCGUUGGCCAAAGAGUUGGACGGCCAAGGGAGCGGAGCGCCAGAACUUUUAUUUUUUUUUUAAAUAUAUGAAUUAUAUUUGUAUUUUUGUAUCACGGCAGGAAGGAUGCGUUAUCUUCUAUUUCCAGGGGUUCCCUAUUCUCCAUGAAGGUCUGAUCUUAAAGUUACCCCCGAUAAUGGACCAGACCUGAGCCCACCGAAUAGCUAAACUCUGCGCAAUAAGAAAUGGCUCCAUCCUCUCUGCCUAAAAUAAAUGUUUUUUUUUUCCCAACCACACAGUAAAUGCCGCUCCCAGCGUUCCUCUCAGGAUUUAUGCAUUGUCUGGUUUUUUUGUACUGUUAAGUGUUGAAAUUAAAGAAAAUGUGUCAUUGGCCUCUGGUGUUGAUUCUGUGCCAAAUGUAUGUGCAAAUGGAAUAUUUCUGCAGUUUUAAAGGGAAACUAUACCCCCCAAACGAUAUAGGUCUCUAUAAAAAUAUAUCACAUAAACAGCUCAUAUGUAAAACCCUG